AUGCUGAACGGAUCGGUCUCUCCAUAUGUAUACUGCAAGGAUUUACAAACGUUGGUUACUGUCACAUUAGAAAAUGUAAUUCUCCCACUGCGCGAUGAGCUAAAGCAUUGCGACCAAAACUCAGAAAUCUUGGCUCUCGAAGUCCAAGAUGCGGAGGGUCUACUGCGCAUACGCGGCAUUGGAUUUUUACAAUUGUUAGAUAUGCCAGAUGAAGAAGUAACAAGCAUUCUGCAGAACUACGGUGAUUCUGUGGAAGAAAUUGAACAUGUCAUUUCUGGUCUCGCAAAAAUACGAAGUAACAUUGACCUCAUUGAAAGUGAUUUAGCAUUCGAUGACGAUACACGUAACCUAAUCAAGCUCGUUGUCCGUCUAAACAAAGAGCAUAUUGAGGACCCAGACACCAUUCUCAAUGACUCUCCGCUUGAAAAUGUUUCAUCUCAAGAUUUUGACCAAGACGGCAUCUCACAGCCGCUUCGAAUGUCUACCGAUCCGCCCAGCACGCCUAUUCAAACCUCUUUUAACGAAAAGAACUUCUCUACUACACCAGAAUCUUCACAAAAAGUUCAGAGGUCCAGCCCUCUGUGCUUAUCUAAUCUACCUAGACAACACAGUCAGCACCCAGCUUCUCCUGGUAUCCCCACUCUAUCGACAUCCGGGCCCACAUCAACGUGCACUACUGCUCCCACAUCAUCCCAAACGGAUAGUCUAACACCCAAUGGUUUUACCACUGACACCGGUUUCCCGAAAUCUGCAAAUUAUUUUUGGAAUGGAGAUGUUCCUGUGGGUGGAAUUUCCGUGCCUGCGACACCAUUGUGGACCGAACGGGGUGCAUGUGCUGUUGCCGUAUCUCCGCCUCAUGGCGUUCAGUCUACUUGGAAUGGUUUUAUUGCCGAAAAUUCCUUAUUCUCUUCCGGAGAUCGGAACACAUGUCAAAAUCCACCGAAUUAUUAUAUACGUGACCGUGAACGUUCAAGGCAACCUGGAACCCCUCCUCCCAAACACAGAUUAAAGUUACUCUUCCCUUUACAUAGAAGCAAAUCACAUGAAUCUAACCUUUCCAAUCGAGUCACCCCACCAACCACAUGUAACGCUUCUGUACUUCAGCACGAGGUUAGCAGACCGUUGGUGGGUUCAAGCACUUUGUCACCAGAUGCGCUGAGUGCUAAUGGAGAGGCGUUUGUAUAUCAGGAUGCAACCACCGGUUCACCAUUGACCACCUGCUUCAGAAUAGCUAACAACGCCCAGCUAAGUCCUACUCCAAAUAUCCGAGGGUGCGUGCACGAACAUUAUCCUUGCGGAGCAUUUGAUGCACAACCUACUACCCGGGUUGUGCUUAGUUCGCCGAAUUCGCAUAGUUAUGAUUCCGUUCGUCGGAUUUCGUGCGACUAUCGUUCGCCGAAACGGCCACUACAACCUCCAACUCUGAUGACGACAUCUGUUGACGGAGAGAAUCUCGUCGGUAUGUUCCACAGCUUUUCUGUCCCCAUUGGUUGA